CUCUCUAAAACCAAACUCGGGACCAAGAACGAAGAAGAGAAAAAGAAACGCUUUCCUCUUUCUCAAUUGAAAUCUCACUCAAAUUCCUCUCUCUCGCUCUCUAGAUUCUCUCUCUAGAGUUAGGGUUUCGAUCGAUGGAAACUGAGUCGCCGGAGAGCGGAGGCGGUGCGGUCACCGCCGCCCCCGUCGCAUUCGAGUUCCCCGCCGGAGAUCCGACGGCGGAGACGGCGUCGACGCCGGUGAAGAUACCGCGGAGGAUCAGGAGGAGGCUGAUUGAAGGGAAGAGUGGCAGUUCUCCUCCUUCGAGCGUGGAGGAGAUCGAGGCUAAGCUUAAGGAAGCCGAUCUUAGACGACAGCAAUUUCAUGAAUGGUUAUCUAACAAGGCGAGACCAAAACAGCGAAGUCCAUCCUGGUCAUCUCAAGAGGAGGAUCUCGGUCAGCGUCUUGAAGCGAAGCUUAAUGCAGCUGAACAGAAAAGGUUAAGUCUCUUGGCAAAGGCCCAAACACGGUUAGCUAAGCUGGAUGAACUACGACAAGCUGCUAAACAUGGUGUGGAGAUUCGGUACGAGAAGGAGCGUGAAGAGCUUGGCACAAAAGUUGAGUCUCGUGUACAGCAGGCUCAGGCAAAUAGGAUGCGCCUCUUGAAGGAUCACAUGCAGAGACGAGCAGUUGCACAAGAGAGAACUGCAAGAUCAUUGAAGCUGAGGAUGGUUCGUGAGAGCAAGUAUAAAGAUUGUGUCCAAUCAGCAAUUUUUCAGAAACGUGUUGCUGCAGAAAAUAAGCGAAUGAGAAUGUUGGAGGAAGAGAAGACAAGAGUUCACGCCAGAGUAAUGCAAGUAUACAGAGCAGCAAAAACUGUACGCCAUCAAAGAGAAAAUGAGAGGAGAAAAAUGAAAGAAGAGUUGGAAAAUCGGCUUCAAAGGGCAAAACGACAGAGGGCAGAGUACUUGAAACAGAGAGGAAGUCCUCACAGCUCUGCUCGCGCUACAUCCAAUAAAUGUGGUGACCAUCUUUCAAGAAAACUAGCAAGGUGCUGGAGGCAGUUCGUGAGGUCAAAAAGGACUACUUUUGAUUUGGCUAAAUCUUAUGAAGCUCUUGGGAUCAACGAGAAACGUGCUAAGUCAAUGCCAUUUGAACAGCUUGCUCUGUGCAUGGAGUCAGCCACAACUCUUCAGACAGUAAAAGCUUUCCUAGACCGGAUGGAAAUUCGCUUCUUACUCUCUCAGGUGUCCAGUUCAAGUCCAGAAAAUAUAGACCAUCUGCUAAAGCGCCUGGCAAGCCCAAGUAAAAGAACACCCUCUAGCAAAGCUUGCUAUGGCAGAACACCAAGGUCCAACAGAGGGACAUCAAAAAAGGGGUCUGUUAGGGAACAGAAAAUUCCUGGAGCAAAUAAGCAGUCUAGGUAUCCAGUGAGGGUAGUAUUGUGCGCAUACAUGAUAUUAGGUCAUCCAACUGCUGUUUUCAGUGAACGAGGUGAACGUGAAGAGGCUCUUGAAGAGUCAUCUGCUAACUUUGUUCGUGAAUUUGAAUUGUUGAUCAAAAUUAUAUUGGCUGCACGACCAGUGAAGCAAACUUCAGUCCAAUUGCCUUGUCAGCGCACCUUUAGAAGCCAGCUAUCAGCUUUUGAUGCUGCUUGGCGUUCCUAUCUUUAUUGCUUUGUGGUGUGGAAGCUCAAAGAUGCAAGAUCUCUAGAGGACGAUCUUGUAAGAGCAGCCUGCCAACUUGAGCUUUCCAUGUUGCAGACAUGCAAGCUAACUCCUGAAGGACAACAAACUUGUGAUCUCACUCACGAUCUGAGGGCUAUAAAGAAACAGGUAACCGAAGACCAAAGACUUCUGAGGCAGAAAGUGGAGCACCUAGGUGGCAGUGCAGGAAUUGAACGGAUGGAGUCUGCUUUAUCAGAUACAAGAUCCAAAUUCUUUAAAGCAAAGGAUAAUGGAACUCUUUUGAUGGCCCCUGUUGCUCAUGUGCCGUCUCCUUCAUCCUGCAGUUCUUCUAUGCAGCCUUUGGAACCAGUCUCAAAGGAGCAUGCUGUUGUAAACAGUGUAAGAUCCAACGUGGUUAGGACACUAUUUAGUGAUGGCGCUUCUUCGUCACCUGAAGUUGGAUUAAAAUCCCAAGGAAUAAGUUCACAGUCAAGUAGUUCUCAAGCCAAACAGCAGCCAACAGAAAACGAGCUUCUUGUGAACGAAAUUCUCCAUGGUGGUCAGAGUACACUGGUUGAUAGAGAAGAAACCGGUAUUAAGGCAAAGGUUAAAGAAACCAUGGAGAAGGCGUUUUGGGAUGGGAUUAUGGAUUCUAUGAGGGAAGACCCCCCUGAUUACAGUCGUAUAUUGGGGCUUGUGAUGGAGGUGAGGGAUGAACUAAUUGGAAUGGCCCCGAAAAAUUGGAAACAGGAGAUUCUCGACAGUAUUGACAUGGACAUUCUUUCUCAGUUACUCAAAUCAGGUACUCAGGACAUGGAAUAUCUUGGAAGGAUUCUGGAGUAUGCACUUCACAUGCUGCAAAAAUUAUCUGCAGAAGCAAAAGAAGUUGAGAUGAAAAAAACCCAUGAUAAAUUACUCAUGGAAUUGGCAUCUAUUGCUCACUCUGAUGACAGAGAAAAAAACUCCUUUGUUAUUGCCGUAAUCAAGGGUUUGCGCUUUGUGCUGGAGGAGAUACAGGAUCUUAAGGUAGAAAUUAACAAGGCACGAAUGCAAAUUAUAAAGGGAUAUGGAGGAGUGGAAUAUUUGCAGAAGGCAUUUGUUGAUCGCUAUGGACCUGCUUCUGGUGCUGCUGACUUGCUUCCAGUAACAGCCCAAUGGAUCUCAUCAUUAAAGAACAUUUCAGAAGAUGAAUGGAAUGAACAUAAUGGUUCUGUUUUGAGCACAUCAACAAGCCAUGGUCUUCCUGUUGGCACUACCCUCAGGACUGGUGGUAGCAUUCCCCUAGCACGAAAUGAUAGUUCUCGCCAUGAUUCAGGUGAUGAAGAUCUACCAGAGUGCAAAGGAGAAAAGCUCGACUUAAUGUUGAGACUUGGUUUGCUAAGACUUGCAAGUGGCAUCGAGGGAUUAACAGUGGAGACGGUUCCUGAGACUCUUGAAAUGAAUGUUCGAAGAUUGAGAUCUGUGCAGAGCCAGCUACAGCAAAUUAUAGUUACCUCAACAAGCAUGUUGGUGCUUCGACAAAUCCUUCUCUCCGAAAACUCUGCUUUGUCACCAUCAGGGUUAGAGAACACAAUAUCUGAUUCUUACAAAAGCCUCACCAAGCUUUUGGACACAGUACAAGACGUGGGCAUCGAAGAAAUGGUCAACACGAUUGCUAGCUCAUCCUCAGAAUCAAAGCUUCAUACUAAAAAGGAGAUGAUUGCUAGAAUUCUCACAAAGAGCUUACAGAGCAAUGAUGCUGUUUUUAUGAAAGUUUCUCGUUCCAUAUAUUUAUCAACGCGUGCAGUUGUGCUCGGUGGCAGUGGAGACCAAGGGCGAAAACUAGCAGAAGCUGCGCUUAAACGAAUUGGGGCGUCAAUGCUUUUGGAUCAAAUAGUAAAGGCAGCGAAAGUGUUGAUUGCUGUUGCUAGGGUUUCAGCAAGCGUUCAUGGGCACUGGUAUAGAUCCUUGAUGUGAUGAAGCUUUAGUCAAAAGUUGUAUACAUUGUAAAUAAUAUUGUAUAAGAGAAGGAUGACAUUCGGUGGGGUUGUAAAGGUUACGUGACUGGCGGGGUUUUACUGUUAAAUAUAGUUAUUAGGUAUGUUAAAUAUAGUUAUUAGGUAUAUUGUAUCUCUUUUUUUUAGUCCCACAUCAUUUAGGUUAUUAAAACUUCUUCUCUUGUUCUUAUAUUUGAACACUUCAGUGCAAUGAAUAAAAUUAUUUAUUUUCUCCCAAAA